GAAUGGUAAAGUACAAAGGCUGCAUCUGUAUCCAUCCUCACUUGCAGUACAUUUCAUUCUUAUCCUUUCUCUCCAUUUAUUUAUGAUACAAUUAUCAUGGCAUCUGUUUAUAAGAUGUCUUGCAAUCCCAAUGUCUUUCCAACAUUUCUUUAGACAUUCAAUUAUCGUCGGGUUUAUCUUAUCACAUUACUAAUCGAAAUGGCCAACACCAGGUAAGUCUAUUCAUAUAAUUAUUCCUUUAUAUAUUCUAUUAUUGACUCACAAUCAUUUAUUCAUAUGUGUUGUGAUUGAUUUAAAUAAUCAUUCAUUCAUAUAUAUUGUCAUUGAUUCAAACAAACAUUUAUUUAUAUAUGCUGUCAUUGAUUCAAAGAAUCAUAUAUUCAUAUAUGCUGUCAUUGAUUCAAACAAUCAUCCGUUAUAUAUUCUAUCAUUGAUUCAAACAAUCAUUUUUCCAGCUAAUCUGACAUUCACACAUUCAUUCUUUCACUGCUCAAUUAUUCAGGGGCGUCCGAUCAUUCACUUAUUACGUUACUAAUCCUUUGUCUUGUUCAUUAGGACACGGAAUCAGCAGAGUCCGAAUCUGGAGGAUGAUGAUUCGGUGGAAGGUGAUUUAGCGGAUCUCGUACGUGUCAUUUGUUCCUCCCUCUAUCCCUCUUGUAUAGUCAUGCUAACAGGUUUUGUAGACUCCCUCAGCGUUCAAACACCCCUUUGUAGCCCCACCUCCUGGCGCAUUCAAAACUGUAAGUACCUAUUCCACACAUACGAUCAUUACCUCCCGUCUGCCGGCCUGUCAUAACCACAUUGGGGUAAAACGACGGCAUGGGGUCACAGCCAUCUAUUACCUCAAGCCUUCGUAUCCAGACAUAAGCAAGCGUCUAUUGGGCACCGUGGGCUAUAAACCUUCCUACUUUGGACAGGGGACAAUUCUCUGAUUGCGAAGCUACUUGAGUUCCUGUGUGUGGCAAAACUUUAAUCCGGAAACGCCUACGACUGUAGUGGUCAAUGAGGUGCUGGCCCGACUCUGGAGCUGUGACGCUUUUCCAGAGGCGCCUUUACACCUCGUGUGCGGCUUUACACCAGGAGAGCUGAAAUAAGAUUCGCUCUAUUGUUUUGCCAGAUGCUGGGCGGAAGCAAUGAUCACAAGACAUUGGCUGACAUGAGAUGAUCGAGGAAAAGGAGCAGAGAGAGAAAGAGAGGAGGAGGAGAGAGAGAGAGAGAGAGAGAGAGAGAGAAGAGAGAGAGUCAAAUCACGAAAGUAAGAUCACUUUUUCUCUGUUCUGCUCUCAAACUUUUUCAUCUCUUUUCAUUACUGUUUCGGUUUCUUCACGGGAAGUUUCCAUUCAUCUAUUCAUCAAGCUAGUUGGUCAACAAUCACUCUGCGUCUAUUCGACUACAUGGCCUCCCAGGUCAUCCAACCAUUCAGUUGCUGACUCGCUUUUUCACUCGCGAACUCAUCUAUUUGUUACUAACCAUUCAUCCACUUGUUCAUUUUUCAUCCGUUCAAAUGUACUGAUUUGUAUAUAGAAUCAGAUAUUAUCCGAGCAGAGAGAGCUAAAGAAUUGGGAAGAAAGGUGUUCAAUCGUAAGUAGAUUCUAGACACCAUCACUUCAAUUCUCGCCCGGACACAUGCUGAUAUUUUGUAGACCAAAGAGGCCGUGAUAAAAACUGUAUGUUCUUUUUGAAAAUACCCUUUAUAAGAAUUUAUGAGCUAAAUAUUAUGUUAGGCUAGAACAAUCAUAUUCUCCGUCAUGAUUGCUUAUUUAUUUGCUAUUUUGUGGCUUGCCGUAGUUGGUAGUCUUGGCUGGUUCGUGAUAAAAAAAUCCGUUUCCUAGGAAUUCGGGGUUUGGGAGCGAUAUUCUUAGGAAGGUUUUCAGUUAAGAUAUGUGGACAACAAGGGCUUACUUACAUUUGGGGGGAAUGCCGAGAUAUGUCCGAUUGCGAGAUUCUCGAACAGACCAGCCUCAGACCUUCACGAUCAACAAAAAUUGUCCCAAAUCCUUGGACGUUGAAUUACACCUUCCGUGGAACACAUCUUCACAUAUUUAGAUGGUAAAUAGUAUCUACUCUAACAGUAUAGAUGGAACAUCCUGACAAUCCAAGAACUCAACUAAUGCCGCUCGAUAAAUAGAGGUAACUAUAGUUUUGUUAUUCAC